CAACUACUAAAUACACAAGCUGUGGGACGUUAAGGAGAAGCAAAAAAGAAGAGGAAUACAAACUGUGGGAUUAACGAUAAUUAAUCAUAACCUUAUUUCGGUUUAAUUUCUACAAUCAUUGGCGAUAAAAUCUCUACAAUAAUCUCAAGCAUGGCAUUACAUAAAAAUUAGUGCUUGCAGUAUAGACGUGAUACCAACGACAAUGUCUGUAAUAUACGGGCGUGUAGUUUCGUAUAUUCUGUCGGAAUAUUUUGGACCCGUCGUUGAAAAGGUGGGAACUUAUUUGUUUAAAUUCAAGUCUAGCCCCUUGUUGUACAUCAAAAGAGGUACCGACUUGCCCCUAUCCAAGAUUAAGGAAUCCUUAUGUAUCCUUAUAAAAUAUGGAUUAGUAACGUUCAAGCCAAACAAAAACGAAAACAUCGCCAAUUAUACUCUGGACACGGAAAAGGUGCUCUUAAUUAUAAGAUAUCCGAAAUAUUUGAAUCUGGCGAAAAAACAAUUGGGUGACGAGUCGGAAAUGAUUAUCGAAGAACUGCUGCAAAGGGGUUAUUGGACAGCAUCCGAACUGGUUCUGAAAGUAUUUGAAAGGACAUCAAAAACCGAGGUGGCAGUUAGUUUAUCGCAGAUAAAAGAUAAAGUAAUUUAUUUAAUCACUUCCAAGUAUUUAACUAGAGUGCCUUAUGCCACUGAUGAAAAUCCGGUCCCACGUUUGCAAGUGAAACUAGAAGAGUUGCACAGUUUACCUAACAUAGAUAUAAAAGUUUUGGUGGCUCAUCAAGCAAAUUCCACAGAGGAAUUUCCCGACAAAGACAUAUACUGGACAGUAAAUUUUGAUCGGUUUCAUCAAGAUAUGCGUGAUCAGCUGUUAGUUGCCGCAGUAGUGCAAAAAUUUGACGCCAUGACGGGUGACAUUUUCAGCCUGUUUUUAAAGCAAAUGUACAUCAGAACAGAACCUUGGGCUGACGUAUCCAAUCCCGUGCCUGCUUUAGAAAUCAAGGAUAUAUUAAAGCGGCAAAACAAUCAGCAGCUAUUGGCCUUCUUCGACCAAUAUCUUAAUAUUAUAGAGCAGGACAACAGCAAACUGAUACGCAAGGCGGGCGAAGCCAGCGGUGGAUCAUACCAAAUUUACUUAAAAGAAGGAGUGACGCAUUUGAUUUGGGAACUAAUCGAACAAAUUGUAACGGAAAAGUUCGACACGAAAGCGGCCCGGAUAUUUCGACUGAUCAAGUCCAAACCGUAUAUUGAGCCUGAUCUCAUCCAGCAGCAGGCUAUGAUCCCUGCUAAAGAGGCUAAACGGUUGUCGUAUCAGCUGUAUGAAGAGAACUUUCUUCGGAUACAAGAAAUCCGGAAGAUGUCUUCCAACAGCGGUCCGACCAAAAACUUUACUCUAUUUUACAUACAGCUGGAGCAGGUGGCGCGGAUGGUGCUUGAGAUGUGUUAUAAAACAUUAUUCAACACAUUCACUAGGCGAGUCCAUGAAAAAUUUGUAAAUAAAAGGAUCAUCGACAAGAAGCAACGGGUUGACACGAUUGCAAUGGGGAUGAGGUCGCAGGGCGCUUCGCAAGAACAAUUAGCCGAUAUCGAAGAAAUGAUCACGCCGCCAGAGAAGGAGAUCCUCGAGCGGAUCGAGAAGGUCGUAAAAAAAUUAAACACUGUCGAACUGGAAAUCGACGACACAUUAUUCCUGUUAAAAACUUACCUGAUGUACGGCUGAUCGAUUUUUCCCCAAGAUUUAAAUUAAACCACGCUUCGCUAAACGAAUCGUUUAUUUACAGGC